GCAAGUGGAACCCUAGGAUUCAGAAAUCUUACAGUUUCAAUCCCAACCGGUGCAGAUUUUAGCCAUUAGUUAUUUUGCUGCCUAAUUUCAGAAAUCUUACACUUUCAGUGAUUAUCAUCAAGGAAGUGCUGCAAAUUCUCAAGAGGUUAGCGACCAUGUAAUAUUUAUCCGUCGAUUUCUUCUCCGGCGACUUUAUUCACUCUCGAGAAUGAAGACCCUGAUUUCAAAUGCUAUAUCAAGUCCCCAGUUCAUCAUCUCUGACUCCAAAUUCUCAUCACUUCCUCGCAGGCAUCGCUCCUUUACGAACUUUCCAAACACAAAACCUCUUCCGAGAUAUAAAAUAACAACGUUAUGUUCACAUCCAGCCGACUACGGUGGUUGGGCCGAUCUAAGCUCCGUCGGCGAUUCAGGUGAGUCGAAUCAACUCAGGAGGUUAUUGAGUUCACUCGGAAUCACUGAAAAAAGAUACGCAUUUGUAUAUCUAUUAGGUUUCGUGUGUGCUCUAGCUGUUUCUAGGGUUAGGAUAUCAUCUAUUGUUGUUUUCCCAGCGUGUUUUCUUGUUUUUGCUGUCGGGUUUUCAUUUGGGAUUGUGAAUGGUGGAGAUUCCAAUGAUGUUAUGAGUUUAUUCGGGAGUAUGAGGAGUAAUAAAAACAAGAAGAAACGAAUCAAAGAUGAUGAUUUCAUGGCUUCAGCUGAAAAUUUGAGGAGUCUGGUGGAUCUAUUAAGUGGUUUCGAUAUAAACAUUAUGAAUUUAAAGAAUAGCAUGAGAAAAGAUGUUGAUUCUAAUAGAAUCAGUAAAGGUGAUUUACUUAAUUAUAUCGAGGGAGUAGAAUCAAUUGAACAAGCUCUCUUGCAAGCUAAAACUAUGAUCGAAGGUUGUACAGAUAGCAUGGUGGUUGACACCAUUGAUGCUUCUAAAGCUACAAAUCAGAAACCGAGUGAUAGGAAGAAAGAGGUGGAGGGGAAAGGGUUCAAUAUCUCACAGUUCAUUAAUGGCGUUCGAGAAAAAUCCUUUGGUUCAAAACCUGCUAAAGUCAAAGACACUGUUAAGAAUAGUCAACCAAACAUCCUGGAUCCAGUUGUUGAAGACAAGACUAUGAAAUCUGUAGCCAGUGAUGAUAAAAUCACAUAUAAUGAUGGUGAUUUCAGGGUUAAAGAAACAUACAGAAGAAAAUCAAUGGGUAGAAUGACUUUAGUGGAGAUGGAAACAACUGAUAAACAAGUGUUUGAGAGAGAAGAUUACAUGAAUAAGGAUAAUGAUAUGCGAUCAUCUAUGAAGAACAGGAAUUUUCUUGAUUCAGAGGAGUUUUUCCAGCAAGAACACGGAAGGUUCAAGAACAUUAAUGGAAAUAACAUACUUUAUGAUAAUUUGGAUGAAAAAGAAGCCUACAAUUCAUCUCCAUCUUCAUCUUCAGAGAUAUCUAAUGAUAUGCUUUUUAAUGAUUAUGUAACCGAGGCAAAUGCACUUGUAAAACAAGCGAGAGAAUUGUUAACACACAGAGGGAUUGAAGAAGAUGCAGAAAGCAUGUUGUAUAAAUCAACUGAAUUGUUAUGUAAAGCCAUAGAAAUGAAGCCCAUGAGCUUAUUAGCUGUUGGACAAUUGGGAAACACUUACCUUCUUCAUGGAGAAUUGAAGCUAAAAGUGAGCCGAAAAUUAAGAGCUCUACUUUCACAAAGUGAUUACAAUAAUGAGGUCUCUAAUAGAGAAGAAUUUGUUGAUUAUCUUGUUAAUGUGUGUGAAGAGUGUGAAGAACUUUUAGUUAAAGCUGGAAGGAAGUACAGGCUGGCAUUAUCAAUUGAUGGGAAUGAUAUGAGGGCAUUGUAUAACUGGGGUCUUGCUCUUUCCUUUAGAGCUCAAUUGAUAGCAGAUAUCGGACCUGAAGCAGCUUUAGAUGCUGAUAAAAUUUACAUGGCUGCCAUUGACAAAUUUGAUGCAAUGAUGUCCAAAAGCAAUUCUCACACACCAGAUGCUCUUUUUAGAUGGGGUGUGGCAUUACAACAAAGGUCUCACUUAAAGACAAGAAAUUUCAGAGAGAAAGUUAAGUUGUUGAGUCAGGCAAAAAGGCUUUAUGAGGAUGCACUUCUCAUGGACUCCAAUAAUCUUCAGGUGAAAGAAGCACUUUCAAAUUGUGUAUCUGAACUCAGGUACAAGAAGUAUUACUAGUUAUUAUUUUGAGUCACUUGUAAAAGGGUCCAAUUUGGUUAUUUGUUAUAGAAUUUAGAAUAAGUUUCUACACCUAGAAUGGUAAAAUACGUAGCAAUAAUGUUAAUGGCAACUUGUAAUUGUUGCUCUGUGAAAUUGUUAUAUGAUGAUGAUUGGAUAAAUUCGGUCACUCAUGGGACCUAUCAAGUAAUUUUUAUUAUUAAUUUACAUUCAA